UCCUUCCCCACCUUAAACGGUCAUCUUUCUCGUUUUCCCCCCCUCACUGCCACUUCCACUCUCUCUCUCUCUCUCUCUAGAAUUCUCCACGAUGCGUAGACGUCUCUCCUCGCCCCUCGCCCUGCUCCUACUUGCCCUCCUGGCCCCCGCGUCGCGAGCGGCGACGGCCCCCGGCGUCGCGAGCCUGGAGCUGUGGUGCGUGGCCAAGAACAACGCCGACGACGCCUCGCUGCAGGCGGCGAUCAACUGGGCCUGCGGGCUCGGGGGCUCCGACUGCGGCCCGAUCCAGCAGGGCGGGCCCUGCUACGACCCCGCCGACAUCGAGAGGUCGGCGUCGUACGCGUUCAACGACUAUUACCUGAAGCAUGGCAUGACCGACGACAGUUGCAACUUCGCCAACACGGCGGCUCUCACUUCGAUCAAUCCCAGUCGCGGCAAUUGCAAGUUCCCCUCUAGCUUGUCGGUUAACAAUGGCAGUCUUUCCGGUGCAUCAACGGCGGUUGGAGUUCAGCCCGCCUAUGACAAUUUGAGCGGCUGCAAUCGGAUUGCUAUCCAGUGGUAUUCUUUCGUAACCAUGAGCAUUUGUUCGGUGCUGUUACAAUGGUUAUUUAGUGAACAUUGGCGAUGAGAAUAUCCGUGAGCACUUCUUCAAAGCAUAAUGAAAAGUGCAUCAGUGGAUUGGCGUAGUUAAAGCAUUUCCCUGUCUGGUAUUCAAUCAAUAUCUUGAUCUAGGUUAGUGAGAUUUUGUUCCCCUAGUAUCUUUGUACCAUGAUGUAUCUGAUGCCUGUAAAGCGUUAAUGAGGAUGAAAUCAGAGGCCUCUAACUGAGGUUAUAAUCGCGGACACCAUUUUCCUCUUAUUCCUACAUUAAUCUAGGUAUAAUUACUGAAAAUGUCGUCACUUAAUGGCUAUUAUUGCUGACUUUCCAGGGAUUGCAUUACCAUCAAUCUUAUUCACUUGAGUUCCUUGAAGCUCU